AUGGAUGCUCAGAACUUUCCCCCUGUCCGGGCAUGCUUAUUCGAUAUGGAUGGCCUGUUGAUCGACUCUGAAGACCUAUAUACACGAUGUGUAAAUGAGGUCCUACGCGAAUAUGAAAAACCAUUGCUUCCUUGGUCGAUAAAGGCCCAACUUCAGGGAAGGCCAGCACCAGAGGCCAGCGAAAUUUUUUUCUCCUGGGCUCAACUCCCCAUUUCUAAUGCUGAAUAUCUCACGAAGCUCUCUGCUUUCCAAGCCCAAUACUUCCCUACCACCCAACCCCUUCCUGGCGCACUCAGCCUCGUCAGAUCCCUUGCCACGACUGCAACUACAACGUCUCCCGUUCACAUUGCCCUCGCAACAUCUUCCCAAGCCAAAAAUUAUACCCUCAAAACGUCUCACCUUAAUGAGCUCUUCUCUCUCUUCCCUUCAUCAAGGAUUGUUAUUGGAGAUGAUCCCAGAAUUGGUGCUGGAAGGGGGAAACCAAGGCCAGACAUCUAUCUUCUAGCGCUAGAAAUUAUUAACCAGGAGAUCAGGGCUAGUGGGAAUCAGGAGCCGGAAAUCAAGCCAGAGGAAUGCCUUGUUUUCGAGGAUAGCGUCCCUGGAGUUGAAGCGGGGAGAAGAGCGGGAAUGAGGGUCGUUUGGUGCCCCCAUGAAGGUUUACUAAAUGAGUACAGAGGAAGAGAACAAGAGGUGCUAGCAGGUGUGACAGGCGAACAUAAAGAACUUGAUUCUCAAAACGAUGGCGCCUCUCACCUAGUCGAAUCAUGGAGGGUUGGCGCUGGCAAGCCUGGUACAAUUGGUGAUGGAUGGGGCCAAUUACUACAGAGCUUGGAAGCCUUUCCAUAUGAAACUUAUGACAUCAAUCUUCAAGCUACGUAA